AUGUCACGCAAGGCCGUGGGCAUCGGCGCCCUCGACCGCUCGCGCCUCACCUCCAAGCACUACGCCUCCCACGGCUCCUCCCUGCGCGCCACCAACGCCCAGGCGCUCGAGACGCAGCUCUCCGUCUUCCGCACCCUCCUCCAGCAAUUCGCCCAGACGCACGCCAAGGACAUCCGCUCCGACCCGUCCUUUCGCGCACAAUUCGCCCGCAUGUGCACCGCCAUCGGUGUCGACCCCCUUGCCUCGUCCUCGUCCUCGUCCUCCUCCAACACCAACUCCUCCGUCUGGGGCCAGCUCCUCGGCAAGACGGUCAACGACUUUUACUUUGACGUCGCCGUCCGCGUCGUGCAGGUCUGCGGGGCCACGCGCGCGGAGAACGGCGGGCUCGUGUCGCUCGCGCAGGUUCGCGAGCGCGUGUCCCGCGAGAAGGUGGCCGGCGGCGGUGGCGCCGUGACCGAGGACGACGUGCGUCGCGCGGUGGCGACGCUGGCGCCGCUCGGGGGCGGGUACGCGGUCGUUGCGGUGGGGGACACCGAGUACGUCCGCAGCGUCCCGCGGGAGCUGGGCGGCGACCAGGCCGCCUGCGUGGAGGCCGCGCAGGUCCUCGGCUACGUCAGCGUCGGCAUGCUGCGCGACAACCUGGGCUGGGAGCCCGCCCGGUGUGAGACGGUGAUUGACGACCUGGUCGGCCAGGGCAUGCUCUGGGUUGAUAAGCAGACGGGAGGCGAGUGGCAAUACUGGAGUCCGGCGUUUAUGGCAGGCAUGGACGGCGGCAACUGA